ACAGAGCAGCUUCCGCAACAACAGACUGGAGCUCAAAGGACGAACAUUUGGUCGCUAUCUGUCAAAAUGGCUCGUUUAAAUGUACUAGUUUUUACAGUUUUUAUUUCUGUGACAUCAACGCAGUUUCUCCCACCGUACACAGAAGACUGCCGGACAGACAUGUAUCCACCAAAAGGACCCACUUUUAAAGGCACAGUCAGCUGGUACACUAUUGACUUGGACCUACCUCCCCACAAGAGAUGGACAUCUGUGAUCACCGAUAAGAAAAAAGAUCUGGACGGCAUGAUUGAAGUCAUUAGAGACCUGGCUAAGGCUUUUGUGCCCAGUGGGAGACUGAUUGAGUUGGUUGACAUAACUUUGCCUUUGAUAGUGAAUACACUGCCUGACCCGUUCAAGGAUGAGAUCAAAGGAAUAGCUUUAGACUCGGGCAUUCCACUUGGGGAGAUCACUUUGUUCAACAUUUUCUACGAGGUCUUCACUGUGUGCACCUCUGUUGUAGCAGAAGAUGCUAAAGGGAAUCUCCUCCAUGGCAGAAAUCUGGAUUUUGGAUUAUUCAUGGGCUGGGACAUGAAGAACAAGUCCUGGAUCAUUAGCGAGAAGCUCAAGCCUCUAGUGGUUAACUUGGACUUUAGGAAGAACAACAAAACUGUAUUCAAGUCCACCAACUUCGCAGGAUACGUGGGCAUGCUAACUGGCAUCAAACCGCACUUGUUCAGCCUGACUAUGAACGAGCGCUUCAGCCUGGACGGAGGAUAUAUUGGCAUCAUGGAGUGGAUUCUAGGUCAGAGAGACGGCAUGUGGAUGAGUUUUCUGACACGCUCUGUUCUGGAAAAUGCAACCAGCUAUGAGAAUGCCAGAUCACUGCUGGCUCAGACCAAGCUGCUGGCUCCUGCGUACUUCAUCCUGGGAGGGAACAAGAGUGGACAGGGCUGCAUCAUCACCCGCUCCAGAACGCUCAGCCUGGACCUGCUCGAAUUAAACAUGAAACUGGGCCGCUGGUAUGUCCUGGAGACAAACUAUGACCACUGGGAGGAUCCCUUUGUUCUAGAUGACCGAAGAACUCCCGCUAUGACGUGCAUGAACAAGACCACACAGAACAAUAUUUCAAUAAAAACACUAUAUGAUGUGCUCUCAACGAAGCCUGUACUAAAUAAGUUGACCACCUACACAACACUGAUGCAAGUUUCCGAAGGCACUCUUGAGUCCUAUAUACGUGACUGUCCAAACCCAUGCAUGCCCUGGUAAUGGAUUACUGUCAAUAAUAUUUACAACUCUCAUAAAAUGUACAUGAGUAUAAAACACAACUUUUUUUUUUAACUUAAUGACCUAAACCAAACUUUGUUCUAGUCUUUGGAAUUGUGAAUUUUCUGUGUUUCUAACAAUUCAGGGAUACAAUGAUUUAUUUUUGCUUUAUAAACAGUCCUAUGACUAUUGUGGUGUAAUUUGCAAAACUGAAUCUAUAUGUAAAAUGUAUAUGUGUUUUCUAAAGUUUUAUAAUUAAGAUGUAGUUGAGUCCUAUAAAACUCAUAUAAAAGUAUACAGCACUUACUGAGACACCAUUUUGUGCCUGCUAACUGCAUAUCAUAGGACCACACUGACUCGCCUCAAAUGUGACUUCUUCCUGUUUUUAUAAUGGUAAAUAAAAGUUAUUUUAUGAUCUUGC